AUGGCCAGGCUCUGGAUCAAAUUUCUCGACCGAGACAACCCUACCUGGGAUGCUUGGAGGUCGUUGAUCGAGUCGGAGGAUGCAGCACGAGGGGACAAAGAGGCCGAGACCAUCCCACCUGGUCCUUUGUACUACGCAAUAAAACUGAACUUGACGGAUAUUGCGAUUUCCCUGACCACCGAACAAAACGUGAAGGAGAGGAGCAGCCUGGGAAAGUCGGCUCUGGGCAUUGCCUGUGCCAACGGAUCUAGAGAUGUUGAUAUACUUCUCGAAAAGGGGGCGGAUAUGACAGCCGCGGAUAACAACGGAGGGACACCGCUGUUUGCAGCAUCCAACAACGGGCACGUCGAGGUGGUGAAGCUGCUUCUCGAGAAGGGGGCCGACAUGACGAUCGCAAAUAACAUUGGAUUGACGCCACUGAUUGCAGCAUCAAGAAACGGCCACGUCGAGGUGGUCAAGCUAUUAGUAGGAAUUUCUAGUGUCGAUGCCAGCAAAACGGACCGCCUUGGCCGCACAGCGCUCUUCUUCGUCAGCGGGUGGUUCAGUUUCUCGUCGACCAGCUGCUACAGGAUAAGCGACCACACAUGCGCUGGAUUUGCUCGACGCCUGCGAAUGGGCAGCGGGGAGAGGAAAGGCGCCUGUGUUGCCUCCUGGAUUGCGGCUGAAGCAUGCGGUGCAACCAACAGCAAGCGCUCACCGCGAACCUGGGCCAAUCAACUUUUGUCGGUCUGA